AUGUCUUCAUUUAUUCCAAUGCCACCCUUCAAAAAAUCGAUACACUCUCGAACACCCUCCCCUUCGUACGAAUCCCUGAACACCUUCAAAGAUUGCAAAUCUCCUCAUAUCGUUUCUGAGCAACGAGGGAAUCAUUUGCGCAAGAGAAGUGAGAACACUUUAUUACCGCCGCGGUCCCCUACUUCUGAUCAAUCAAAAGAACUUUUUGAUCAAGGAAGGAGAGGUGACAUGUACCAAUUCGUUGGCUCUGCUCCUCGAGAGCAGCUUCCAUCAAUAAAUAGUCUUCUUGGUAGUGCACUACCUCCAAGUAGACCUGCGCAAUCACCGUACUCUGACCGGCAGAGCCCGGUCUUCCCAUCUAUGUCCCCUCAAGAUGGUCGACUGCCUGCUACAUCUAUACACCCAGAUCGUCCUUUCGAUGCAAACUUUCAACGUCCAUCAGUCUCACUAUAUUCUUUACAUAGCUCACGAUCAGAUACGCUUGGCCGGCUAGGGCUAGAUUAUCCUGCCCCAUUCACACGCAUCGUACCUACUACCUUAGGACCUACGCCAGAACCCCCUGGAUACGCAUCGCCAUUUUCGCAUCAUGACUCACGACAUAGUCAAGUUCCUUCGGGUAACAAUUGGUCGCCUCAUUCUGAUUCUACUCGACAGGAACCUUCCCCAGCUUUGAGAGCCCAGCCUGACCUGUAUCGACAUCAAUCUCAUAUUUCUAGAUCUGAUCACGAAUCGAGGCAAUUGUAUCGCGAUCAUGCUUCAGCUACAGAGAGCUACCUUUCAACGCCUGCUGGCAUUGUAACGGGCGAGCCUGUGACGGGCAAGGAUGGGUUGGGGCCGAAGAUCUGGACAGGAAAUCAAUUCUUACCUCGUUUCGUCAAGAAAGCCGAUGUUGCGGGUGAUGGGCUGUGUUAUUUUUACGACGAUGGAACUCAUUGCAAGACAGUCAUUGAUGGAGAAGUUGUAAAUGCCCAUUGGGGAGUUACCAAGGCGGGGAAGCCAAGAAAGAGACUUGCGAUUGCGUGUAUCACAUGUAGGGAGAAGAAGAUAAAAUGCGAUCCCGACUAUCCUAGAUGUGUGCAGUGCGAGAAGUUUGGCAGGGUGUGCAAGUUUAAGAAUGCUCCCCGAGGAGGCCAGAGCUCUCCAGAUACACCGCCAGCUGACUCAGAAGAUAGCCUACAUAGACCAAGCUCUUCUUUGACUGACGAUGAAUCUUUCCGAGUUGAGGGGCGUGAAGUGAGCCAUUCUGUAUCCCCGGGACAAGUCCUACGCCGUGCAAGUCCGGAACCAGAGUAUAACAAACGAAAGCGCAGCGGCUAUAAUGAUUACACUCCUGUAGCUUCAGAAGCCUCCCCACGACUCUCUGUUCAAGAUACAGAUCCUUCAAACACCCCUUGGGUUGAGGCACCAGUUACUCGAUCGACUGACCAUACCCUACAGUCAGACUGGCAGAUUGACCCGUUCUUUUCUAAGACAGAUCUUUCCAACGAGCUUUUGGCGGCGUUCUUUAAAUAUGUUCCAGAGACGGCUUAUUGCAUGUUUCCGAAAACUAAGUUCACCAGUUGGGCUCGUUCUACUCGCGAGAAGUCUUUAAAUGACCUCAUGCUCAUAUAUUCUAUCCUUGCUCUUGGAGCAGGUUUCUCACCGAAGUCUGAACACAAACAUCUGGGUGCACGCUAUGCCGAGAUCGCAAGAUACGCAUGCGACAAUCGUCGAGUUUGCAUCCAGCUGGUUCAAGCUCGUUUGAUACUGGCUCUGUACUACUUUGCAAUCAACAAUUCCAGCUAUUCUUGGGAUUUCUGUGGGUCUGCAGUCAGGGCUGCUGCUGGGUUGAAGUUGAAUAUAGAGAUAGAGAAGAGCGACGAUGCUUACCUUAGCACAUUUCCCUUUGGACUUGACUCGCGCGGAUAUGCGGAGUGCAGAAGACGAACCUUUUGGAGCUGUUAUAUUAUGGACAGGUUCAAUGGAUAUGGUUCCGGCCACCUGAGCAUGGUUGACCCCAAACACGUAUAUCUCCGCUUACCUUGCGAUGAGCACAGUUUCGAGAAUCAGGUCGACUUCAAGAACCCUCUUUUUGAUGCAUCGAUUUCGAUGUCUCUAAACUAUCCGCGGACUUUGGGCAGCAUGGCAUAUCUGAUAAACAUAUCAACAAUAUGGGGCGAUGUCAUGUCCAACAUAUACAGCAAUUCACAACGACCACAGCCAGCGAGAUCUUCUGAGUUUACAGAUUUCUAUCAAUCUACCAUGGAUCGCAUCUCGAUGUGGAAAAGUUCCUUGCCAAAUCGCUAUGACUUCUCAGCAGCAGCAUUGGAAAGGAUAUCUGAUCCUGGAGAGCUGGGGAGUUAUAUAACGCUGCAUGCAGUGUAUCAAACAACACUCAUGAAACUUAAUCGAUAUGUCCAGCCUUACCGUUUUGACAGCGUACAACUUCGCGGUUUCGUUCACAAAGCCGAGGAGCACGCGAGAUCUCUUUUAAUGAUUAUGGACAUGGUGGCCAAUCGACGCGCGUCUACUGACACGAGAUCGCCAAGCUCACAUGUUCACAUUGAAUUCUCUUCACCAUUCGUGGGAGAUGCCAUUAUCUCUGCCGUCGACAUUCUCUCGGCCAAAUCAAGUAAAGCUUCAGUACCUGAAAUCAUCAACUCCUUCUCCGGUGCACGGUCAGUUAUCGCCGAAAUUGCACAGUUUUGGCAGACGGCAAAGGCACAACAACAGCUCAUCUCGCAACGUGUGGGUGACUUGACUGAGAUCGAUCGUAGCAACUGGUCGUCCCCUGCUACAGAAUCGAGCAGUAAAUGGUUUGAGAUGAGAGAAGCGUUGGAGAAAACCUUCUCCCGUGAAAAUGAUUGCAUUUAUCAAUGA